AUCAUCAUUGGCUCGAUUUCUCGUUUUUUUUUAGUACGCGACGACUUCGUCGUCAUCACUCAUCUCAUCGCCUCGCCUCGUUUACCUCAAUCGAGGUUGUUUUAUUUGCUGAAUGAUGCUUCCUCGCUGACCCGCUCUCACCAGUUGCCCCGCCGAUCAUCCAGAGUCCCAGACCUCCACGGCACCGCUGCGUCUCCUCCAUUCCAACUUCCGAGCCGCAAACCCCCCGAACCCUUCCGUGCGUGAUGGACCCCACCUCGCCGUCGCCCGCGGCCCGCCGCGCCGCCGCCGUCGCGCGCCACCUCGCUGGCGCCACCGCCCCCUUCCCGGCGAGCACUCCCCUGGAACCUUCCUGCUGCCUGAGCUACGUCCCGCCGGAGUCCACCGAACGGCCGGCGGCGUUCGCGCCGGGCGACCUCAGGCUUCUGCUGGACGGGCACGACCUGCCCGCGCGCGAUUGGCUCUUCCGCGCCAUGGAGGAGAGCCCCCUUUUCCGCAGCCCGAGCGCGCGGACGGGCUCCAGGGUGUUCGUGGGGGCGGACUUGAACGACGGCAAGGAAGGGCAGCGGGAGGCCACCAUGCGGCGGAUCGCGUACCUGAAGCAGCGCGGCGUGUUCCGCGGGUGGCUCACCAAGGACGGCGCUGACGCCGAGCUCCGCAAACUAGCGCUCCUUGACUGCAUCGCCAUCUAUGACCACUCUCUCGCCAUCAAGAUUGGCGUCCACUUCUUCCUCUGGGGCAGUGCCAUCAAGUUUCUUGGAACAAAGCGCCACCAUGACAAGUGGUUGGUUGCCACAGAAAAUUAUGAUAUCAUGGGUUGUUUUGCAAUGACAGAACUAGGCCAUGGAAGCAAUGUACGAGGAAUAGAAACAAUAGCAACUUAUGAUUCAGAAACAAGAGAGUUCAUCAUAAAUACUCCAUGUGAAUCAGCUCAGAAGUACUGGAUUGGUGGAGCUGCUAAUCAUGCAACACAUACAAUAGUCUUUUGUCAACUUCAUAUAAAUGGGAGAAAUGAAGGAGUCCAUGCUUUUGUAGCUCAAAUUAGGGAUGAAGAUGGAACUGUGUUGCCUAAUAUCCGUAUAGCUGACUGUGGCCAUAAGAUUGGACUGAAUGGCGUUGAUAAUGGGCGGAUUUGGUUUCAGAAUAUACGUGUUCCUCGUGAGAACUUGCUUAAUUUGGUUGCUGACGUUUUGCCAGAUGGGCAAUAUGUUAGCAUGAUAGAUGAUCCAGAUCAGAGGUUUGCAGCUUUCCUCUCUCCGCUUACACUUGGUCGAGUAAACAUUGCAGUUGACUCAGUCUACAUUUCAAAGGUCAGCCUAGCGAUUGCUGUGAGAUACAGUUUGUCAAGGAGAGCCUUUUCAAUUACACCAGAUGGCCCUGAAACGUUGUUGCUUGAUUAUCCCAGUCACCAGCGACGCCUUCUACCACUUCUAGCAAAAGUAUGUCUGAUGAGUAGUGCUGCUAAUUUUAUGAAAAAUAUGUAUGUAAAGAGAACUCCUGAAAUGAGCAAAGCCAUACAUAUUUACUCUAGUGCUCUGAAGGCAACACUAACUUGGCAGAAUAUGAUGACUCUUCAGGAGUGUCGUGAGGCCUGUGGCGGUCAAGGUCUAAAGACUGAGAACCGCGUAGGAGUUUUCAAAGCUGAAUUUGAUGUCCAGUCCACAUUUGAGGGUGAUAAUAAUGUUCUAAUGCAGCAGGUAAGCAAAGCACUUUAUGCUGAAUUUUUGGGUGCACAAAAGAAGAAGCGGCCAUUCAAGGGAUUGGGUUUGGAACACUUAAAUGGCUCAACCCCUGUUAUUCCUGAUAAGCUGACAAGUAACAUAUUAAGGAGCUCCAAGUUCCAGAUGGACCUAUUCUGCUUAAGGGAGAGAGAUUUACUGAAGCAGUUUGCAGAGGAGGUUUCUCUCCAUCUUGCACAAGGCGAAAGCAGAGAAAAGGCUUUGAUGCUGAGUUACCAACUUGCUGAAGACUUAGCUAGAGCGUUUACUGAGCGUACAAUCCUCCAAAUAUUUCUGGAGGAUGAGAGGAAUGUCCCUUCUGGUUCCCUAAAGGAGGUACUGGGUUUGCUGAGGUCUCUAUAUGUUAUGGUGAACAUAGAUGAAUCCACAUCUUUUCUAAGAUACGGGUAUCUAUCACGUGACAAUGUAGCCCUUGUGCGGAAAGAAGUCUUGAAAAUGUGCAGUGAACUCAGGCCCCAUGCGCUUGCUGUUGUCAGUUCUUUCGGAAUCCCUGAUGCCUUCCUUAGUCCACUUGCUUUUGACUGGAUUGAGGCAAAUACACUGUCAACCGGGAGCCACUGAUCUCAAGUUUCACAUACGAGCCAGGUUACCCAGUGAAAGUACUGAAUAUUGAUGGCGGAGCAUACAAACCAUAUACUGUAAUAUAAUAACUACAGGAGCACUUGAUGCCUCACAACAAUUGUUGUGAAGUGUAUAGCUGGAGAGGCAGAUGCUGGUCCGAGAUGCAGGUGGUGAUUCGUGAAAUCCUGUUUUGUAUAAUAGUUUUCUUGAAUAUAAAGCGAACGUAGCCUUAGGCUGCGGUCCAUGUAAUGGGGUUUAACCGAGUUGUUCAACAGUAAAUAAAGUCUUUAGUGCUGCUACAGGAUGUUCAAGUGCCCCUGAAAGGGAAUCAAAUAAGCUUGUGUCGAUCCAUGUUCAAAUUCAUGUUGAUAUUAUUCUUAGUGAUAUUUUGCUGAA